AUGGCUCCCAUUCGACAAAGCAACCGAGAACGUCGACUGGCUAGAGAGCAGUGCAGGGAAAAAUUAUCUAGGCAUAUCGCUCAAACACUAGGAAUUACGGUCGAGCCCGCCGAAGUUUGCUUGGUGCCCCGUACUCGUGAUCCGUACGCCUGGAACAUCCUUCCGGAGAAGAAUGAGGUGCUCGCGAAAAUAUUUGCCAAGAACCUAAGCGAACACUCUAUUAGCGCCUACCGAAUGAUCUGCGAAGAGGUCGGUAAUUCCUUUGAGGCGGUAGGUAAGACCAUGUCGUCUUCUUUGACGGCUAUAGAUAUUAUCACUAUGGUUUCGCAGCAUGUAAGCUUCGGUACUAUCAUCGGUCAACUCAAGGAGGAAAACGUUAAUCUUUCUACUGAGCUAAGCAAAUGGAUAAAUAAAACAGAAGAAGAAUCAGCGCAACGACAACUUACAGCUAAUGAGGUAGACCGCUUGCUACGGCGCCAGCAAGAGUACGAAGACGAAGCUCGGCGUCGCACGGAUGUUACUACUCGCUUAUUCCAGGGUAGCCUGAUGAAAUCCAUGGCCCAGCUAGAUCAGAUAAUUCCUACGUUAAUAGAUCUUAAAAGGGAUAUAAGUAUUACUUCAACAGAAAUAAGUUCCGAAUUAAACGGGCAUAUAAUUUAUUAG